UUAUGAGAUAACAUAAUUAAUGUACCCAUAUUUACCAGCCUAGCUUUCUCUCCCAACCGUCCUGAAAGCUGACCAUUUGGGAGAAGAAGAAUUUAAAGAUUCCCCAAUCUCUGUAUGUGUAUCUCCAAGUCGCUUCAGUAUCCAAUAUCUCCCAAUUAUUAAGGCAUGAGCGGCAAAGAAAUCAGGUCCCCGGAGGCGCCUCAGGGGAUCCCAACGCCUAGCCGCACGCCAGCGAAUAGGAAGAAGCUGGGUAUGUACUUCAUUGAAUCAGAUGACCGGAGGACCGCCCUAGGCGGUGGUUACAGUACAGGCGGAGCUACACCGGUCAACAUCCGUGGAAAGCCCAUUUCAGAUUUGUCCAAAACCGGCGGUUGGAUUGCUGCAUUCUUCAUUUUUGGGAACGAAAUGGCGGAGAGAAUGGCAUACUUUGGGCUGUCUGUGAACAUGGUGGCGUUCAUGUUCUACGUUAUGCACAGGCCAUUCACCAGCUCUGCUAAUGCAGUCAACAAUUUUUUGGGCAUAUCACAGGCUUCCUCUGUUCUUGGUGGUUUCUUGGCUGAUGCAUAUCUGGGCAGAUACUGGACCAUAGCCAUUUUCACAACAAUCUAUCUUGUGGGAUUAAUAGGAAUAACCCUGUGUGCAACGAUGAAAGGUCUAGUCCCAAACCAAGACGAGUGUGAUCAGCUUUCACUUCUUCUGGGCAGUUGUGAGCCAGCAAAGCCAUGGCAGAUGACAUAUCUCUACACAGUCCUAUACGUCACAGGAUUCGGGGCUGCAGGGAUAAGGCCAUGCGUUUCCUCCUUCGGGGCCGACCAGUUCGACGAGAGAGACAGAAACUACAAACAACACCUCGACAGAUUCUUCAACUUCUUCUACCUCUCCGUCACCGUCGGCGCCAUUGUCGCCUUCACCGCCAUCGUCUACAUUCAAAUCCAGCACGGUUGGGGCUCUGCGUUCGGGUCCUUGGCCGUCGCCAUGGGGCUGUCCAACGUUGUUUUCUUCGUGGGUACGCCGUUGUAUCGCCAUAGGUUGCCCGGCGGCAGCCCUCUCACGCGCGUCGCUCAGGUUCUCGUCGCCGCAUUUCGAAAGAGGAAUGUUCCGUGGGAUAAGAGUGAGUUUGUUGGCCUUUAUGAACUCCCCGGAAAACGCUCCGCCGUCAAAGGUAGCAGCAAGAUUCCUCACACAGAUGAUUUCAGAUGUUUGGACAAAGCAGCAUUGCAGCUAAAGGAAGACGGAAUGAGUCCAAGUCCAUGGCGGCUUUGCACCGUAACGCAAGUGGAAGAAGUUAAGAUCCUGAUAAAGCUGCUUCCAGUUCCGGCCUGCACCAUAAUGCUAACGCUAAUCCUAGUGGAGUUUCUAACCCUCUCCGUCCAGCAAGCAUACACGCUCAACACACACAUCGGCCGCCUCAAACUUCCGGUGACCUGCAUGCCCGUCUUCCCCGGCCUCAGCAUCUUCCUCCUCUUCUCUCUCUACUACUCCGUCUUUGUACCCCUCUCCCGCCGCAUCACCGGCCACCCUCACGGCGCCUCCCAGCUCCAGAGGGUCGGCAUCGGUUUAGCCGUUUCCAUCGCCUCGGUGGCCUGGGCCGGCGUCUUCGAAAGGUACCGGAGAAACUACGCGAUUAAACACGGGUAUGAAGCGAGUUUCUUGACGGCAAUGCCGGAGCUGAGCGCGUACUGGCUGCUGAUUCAGUACUGUCUGAUAGGGAUCGCAGAGGUGUUCUGCAUAGUGGGAUUGCUGGAGUUUCUAUACGAGGAAGCGCCGGACGCGAUGAGAAGCAUAGGGUCGGCUUACGCCGCCGUGGCCGGCGGUCUGGGGUGCUUUGCGGCCACAAUACUGAACAGCAUUGUGAAAGGCGUAACCGGCGGGAAGGAAGAGGAAGGGCGACAGUCGUGGCUGUCUCAGAAUGUAAAUACCGGACGAUUCGACUACCUUUACUGGCUGUUAACGUUGCUGAGUGUGGUCAAUUUCUGCGGUUUUGUGUACGCCGCCCGCCGGUAUCAGUACCGGAAGAAGCCCGGAGCUGAGACGGACCUGCCGGCGGCGAAAACUGAGCUACAAGCCGUAGCAGAGUGAAGCUGCGUUGAAUUCUUUUUGGAUUUGUUUGCUUAUACCUUUCGAUUUUAAUUACACCAAAUUAAAAGCAUUUUGGAUUUCCAUAGAAAUGGACCUCACAUGUAACAUGUUGAUGUUCUGCAUUAAUGUGAACCAGCUAUCAUUCCUACUCAUUAUCAUGCAUGUUUAUUGUAU